GCGAGCGGGCUGGUCGCUGGGCAAGCGGUCGGUCCGGCUGCAGGGCGCACCUUCGCGGCCGUCUCUACGCGCCAGGGGAAGGACAAUUGUGCGGAGAAGGGUGGUGGCGACAAUUGCGGUGGAUUGUCCGAGGACAGCUCCACGGAGAAAGGUGGUUGCGACAAUUGCGGUAGAUCCCCCGAGGAGGAUCCCGAGUGCGCCAAUUACAAGGACAUGCGCUACACGGUUGGCAGCUACAAGGACAUCGGCGCUGCCUCGGCCAGGGCUGGGGCCUCGGCCGGCAGCGCAGGGCAAGAUGAGCAUGCGUGUUUUGAUCAUUUCCGGGCCCUCUUCGGCAAGGAGUUCAGAGGGGUCAGUUACUUCCGCGGCCGCGUGGCGAGCGCGAAGGGGCGCGAGUUCCUCCCGAUCGAGACGCUCGCUGCAGAGAAGGCUUUGCGCGAGGCCGUCGACGCCGAGGCGCGGGGCACGCUUGCCGCGCACGCCCUCAAUUUCCUCGCACGCGCGGGGCGGUACCAGAGGCCUGCGUGGUUUCGCGCCUCCGCCUCGCUGUCGCGCGAGCAGCGCGGCGUCAUUGGUCGCCUCGUGGAGUCCGCGGGGCGCGUGCUUAAUAACUCGCUGCAGGCGGUUGAUCCUGCAACUGCCCGCGAUGACCUCGAGGCUCGUCGCGCGGGUUGCGGCGGCGGGGUCGCGUCCAAGAAGCGGGGCUCGGUUUGCGACCUGGCAGUUCCUGCCUGGCCAGUUGCCGGCAAGGCGGCCACCCUCCCAGUGGAAGAUUUCGUGGACGGGGGGUUCCGCGACGAUUUGCUCGACGCGCAGCGACGCCUGCCCCCGCGUUCGGAAUGGCCGGCCGUCGCUCCGCAGUCGCCGGCGCGCGCUGGCGACGCUGAGCGGCGCGAGAUCGCGCAGGUCGGCAUCGAGCGCGGCGUCGUGGUGGAGGUCAACAAGGACGACGGACUGAGGGGCGGCAGCGGCAAACUAGUGCUCAAUGGCGCGACGGGGGCGUGCAAGUUCAAUAUCGUCGGCG